AGCUUGUUGUUGGGUCGAGUUCCCGCAAGGCUCACGGGACACUACACGGCGUCAUAGUGAUGGCACGUUUCCUAUGAUUACCAUUACUUCCACCAAUUCCAAGAUUACUUCAGAUCAUCUGUAACUGACAGCUGUUUGUUGUUUAAUUCUUUCUGUUAAAUCUUGUUGUUUGUAAGAUUGAACUGAUUGAAGAUUGGAUUGUCAAGCGAAGCAAGGAAGACUGCAGCCUGCAACCCAGGAAAGACACUGAAAGAAGUUUUCUGUUUCUUAUACUGUCGUUGGAUUGUGUGUGAUUCGUUCGUUCAAAUUUCGAUUAAAACUUAUAGCAAAAAUCUUUAAAGUUGUUCACCCAAUUUUGUCUUGCCUAGGCCUACUUUUAUUCACUUCGAAUCUUUAAUGGUUAAACGUAUGGUUUGCCUCCGAAAAUGUCCAGCUUACUUAAGCUUAAAAUGAACUCAAGUUGUUACCAAGACAAUCAUCAAUCACUCAACACCGACACUGGACCUACAGAAGGGGGAGGUGAGCCGUCAGCGAGUGAGCCGUUAUUAAGUGAGCUUCCAUCAAGUAAGCCCUUAUUAUGUGAGCAGACAGUAAGUGAGCUGCCAGCAACUGAGCCCUUAUUAUGUGAGCAGACAGCAAAUGAGCCAUUAGUAGGUGAGCUGCCAGCAAGUGAUCCAUUAUUACGUGAGCAGACAGCAAGUGAGCCAUUAGUAUGUGAGCAAGCAGCAAGUGAGCCAUUAGUAUGUGAGCAAACAGAAAGUGAGCCAUUAUUAUGUGAGCAGGCAGCAAAUGAGCCAUUAGUAUCUGAGCUGCCAGCAAGUGAGCCAUUAGUAUGUGAGCUGCCAGCAACUGAGCCAUUAAUAUGUGAGCUGCCAGCAAAUGGGCCAUUAAUAUGUGAGCUGCCAGCAAAUGGGCCAUUAAUAUGUGAGCUGCCAGCAAAUGGGCCAUUAGUAUCUGAGCUGCCAGCAAGUGAGCCAUUAGUAUGUGAGCUGCCAGCAACUGAGCCAUUAAUAUGUGAGCUUCUGCCACCAAAUGAACUGUUAUCAUGUGAGCUGUCAGCAAGUGAGCCAUUAGCAUGUGAGCUUCCAGCAAAUGAGCCAUUAGCAUGUGAGCUUCCAGCAAAUGAGCCGUUGGUAUAUGGGGGAAAAGAAUUAGCUCUACCCACUAGCACCAUUUCUCAAAAUCAUGCAAAAGCUGUGGUAAAUAAUGCUGUUGAUAUGUUCAACAAUCAAGAAGAAAUGGAGAUAUAUAUAGAAAGCGCUGAGGUAGAGCCAACUACAGUAGAAGUAUUGAGCUUUGAACCAGCCAUGAAAAAACAAAAAAGAGAGUCAAAUGCUGAAGAAUGUAAUGUACCAUUGGAGAACAUUAAGGGAACUAAUAUAACAUCUGGAAUGCAUGUUCUUCUUGAGAUUCCUAAGCCUUCUACACAAGUCGUAAUUGAAAAAAAUAGCUGCCAUAUAAAAAGGAUGAUGGAGAUAAAUGCUAUUGAAGGAAAAUUUUGUUCUGUUGAUUGGUGCUUUAGUACUAGUAUGGUUGAUGAAUUUAUUAAGUUUUAUUGUUUCCCAUCUCAUGACAAAGACCUUUGCAAGCAGUGGAUCCGUUAUUGUGAAGAUGAGUCUCUCUACCAGCUACCACCAAAUCAAUUACUUUUACGAAAAAUUUGUGAAAAACAUUUUUCUGACAACUGUUUUAUAAAAAAAAUAUUGAAGAAUACUGCUUCCCCAAUUCCAGUAACUCCACUUGAUGAUGAGCUUUUUUUAUCAGAAACCAGCAGAGACCAUGUCUCCAAAGCAUUAUCCAAAGGACAAAUUGUGUGUUCUUACCUGGGGUGCAAAAGUAUUAAAUCCAUCGAUUCUGUUCAAUUUUAUAAUUUUCCAAUCCAUAACAAUGAUCUACUCUACAAGUGGACUCACUAUUGUGAUGAACAAUUCCUUCCUAAUUUAACAAAGAGUGAAUUGUCGAAUAGAGCAGUGUGUGAAAAACAUUUUACUGAUGACUCAUUCGAAGAGGCAUCCAGAAAAAUAAUGAAAGGAAAUGCAAUCCCAAAUAUACCUCGUAAUAAUAAUGAUGUUGUUAUACAAACCCCACCACCAAAGUUAUAUACCAAAGUUAGUAGGCCUGUACAACAAGUGGAUUGUCCAAACUCAUCUGAGAUUGAAAUAGAGACGUGUCAGCAAAAGGUCAGCAAUGAAGAAAUUAAAGAUGAUCUGACCAGUGUCGAUACAUCAUUUACCACUGUCAGAGCUCCUGUAAGAACAUACAAGCGUACUGCUCCCAAACGUCAGCAUACUGCUUCUAUUCAGGGACAAACAAAAAAUGAAGAACAAGAAAUUAGACAAGUGGCAAAGUUUGAGAUAUCAGAGAAAUCAAAAAAAGAUGCUAAUCAAGGUUUUGAAAUAGUACGCGUUCAAGAUCUAGAAAGAAAGAAAGGUAUAGAAGAUAGAUAUAGAAUGAAUGAUAUAGAAAUCAAUGUCAACAUUAACGAUUUGUUAACCAGUUCAGAAAAAGAGCCUUCAACAUUGAUCUCCACUUUGCUUGAAAAAUUGCAUAGCUGCUUCUAUUGUAAUGACCUAGUUGCUGAUAUGAAAACACAUCUUGUUUUACAACACCCUAAAAAAAAAGAAGUGCUAAGUGCCCUUGCAUUUGGAAAGCAUAAAAAAGAAAAAAUGUUGACUCUUUUAACAAGAGUUGGUGAUUUUAAGCAUAAUUGUAGAGUCCUUGAGGCUAACACUGGUUUUUUAAUAUGUUUAGGGGGCUGGCAUCACACUUUCUUUACUAUUGACAAAAGCAAAUUUUUGCCAUGCCCACUAUGUGCUGCUUUUAUUCAUAUUGAUUGUUUUACUCAUCAUAAUGAAUGCUGUAUGUUUAAGGAUGUCUCAGAGACAAAGGUACAAGAGCCGGAAAAGAAUUUGUUAAUGAAAAGUCAGGCAAUGUUGAGCCAUUUAAAGAAAAGUGAGGUCAAAAAGUUAAAAGAUCAUUAUUUCUACAGAUUGAAAGGAAUAUUUGGUUCCCUUGCAAAAAACGAUGAGUUGAUAAUGUGGAUUGUAUCAUAUCUGUUUAUCAAUGAGAGGUGUAGAGAAGAAGGUUUGGUGUUGUUGACAAGACUGGGAUUCAUCGUUCACUUGUAUAGUAGGGUGACUGGAAAUUCAGAAGGGGUUAAGUUUGAAAAUAUUUUAAGACCUGACAGUGUCUAUGCUCUUUUUGAAGCGUUGCGUUAUUUUUUGAGAGAAGCCACAGGCACAGGAACUACUAACCUUUAUAAACAAUUAUAUUCACACAUUUCAAUAAGUGCAUUUGUAUGGAGAGGGGAAUGUUUGUUCAGGGGUGAUUUGGAUGCUGCAAAAGAUGCAAUAAACUUUUUUGACGUUUUCAAUAACAUGUAUGAAAAAGAACUUAAGUCUGACCCCACUCUACAACUCAAACUCUCUACUCAAAGAGAAGUAAGCUACAAACAAUCAAAGAAAAAGAAACCUGUAGUUGACGUGAGUAACAUAGAAAGAUUAAAAAAUCUAUUAAAUGAGAGCAUAGUUAAACUGACAGAUGCACUGUGUAGCAAAGCCAUUUCAAAUGAAGCCAAAGCUGUCUGGCACGAGCUUGCUGCUGACACAUUGUGUUAUUUGUGUUUGACCAAUCCAGUGGAUUUCACGACUAUUGAACAAAUAUCAGUUAUAGAAUAUGCGUUACGACCUGACAGCUCAAUACAAAAUCUAGUCAAGUGCAACAAGAUGAUGCCUCUCCUGUUUAAAUUUUCAGAAAGGUGUACAUUUGUCAUUACUGUACACCAUAACAGCGAAAUUGUAAUCAUACUGUCAUCUGCUGUGAAAAAUGCUAUAGACACACUGUUAAAGAAACGUCAAGAAGCUGGCGUUUCUUUGACACAUCGUUACAUUUUUUCUGGCUGCUCUGGAUCUGAUACUAGAACUCUGUCAGCUUUGAACUGUUUUUGCAAUUUAUGCCUGAAUCAAAAAGAAGGUUUAUCACCUGAUGUUUUGGGAAAUUGGAAGAAAAGACGACUAAUUUCAAAUAUUAUACACAUAUCUGAGAUGCCUCCUAAAGAACUGGAAUCUGUAAAGAAAUAUCUUGAGUCCUCCCGUGAUAAUCAGUCGACAUUACAAAUUGACAAUGAAGAAAAUCAGGAAUUUGAAAUGAGAGAAGAGUUAGAAGAAGCCUUGAAAAUUUAUGAAUUCAGCCAGAGUAAUCAAGAGAUUGUAUUUUCUGAUGAGACCAGUUGUUCCAGUGAAAGCAGUGUUAAGGGAGAGAGUAGUCCAACUCAAUAAAUAUGAGAAGAGAAGAGACCAAAUUGACUGGUCAACAUGUCUCAAUGUUCCUGUAACCAAUUACAAAGUAUAUAUUAUUCUAGUUCUAAGGUGACAUUUUUAUAAGACACUCAAGAUAAUUUGUGCAACUGAUUCAAAAGCUCCUGAUUUCGUUUCUCCUUGCAUGUAAUGAUUGUCUUGAGAGUCUUCACCACCCCUCUAAAAAAGGGCAAAAUAUAUCUUUUGAUUUAGCUGUUUCCGAUACUAUUUGUCGAGACUGAAUUUGGAAAAAAAACCUUUUAUUUCUUGUAGUCGGAAGUAUGUAUCAGAGAAACUCAAAUAUAAAUAUAUUUUUAGUAUUGUAAAAACUGUUUUUAGGGCCAAAAAUGUAACAAAAAUUGAAAUUUUUACAAAGCUUUAAAUAGAUUGGUGCAGUAACUCUUUUAGUAAAUGAUAAUAAAAUAAAUUAAAAGGAUUCGGCCAAUAACGUCGGCUGAAUCAGCUAAAUAAUAAUAGACAAUUUUUCUCCUUAAAAGCUCGUGGCUAUUGUGUAGUAAUAGCUGUUUGCAAAAUGUCCGGCCAUUAACGUCUUGUCAUUGACCUUGACACACCCCAGCCCCACAUCCCGCACCUCAGCAGCUUCAUUCUAUUGAUUUCAGGCUAAUAAAACAUAUUUUUGAUCUCAAAGUUACUAUGUAUUCCCGUCAAAACAUUAGUUGUAUUAUUAACUAAACCCCCUCGCCUAGGAGUGAGUGAGAUUUUGUAAGCAUUUGAAAUGCUCUGUACCUGUUCUCCAUCAGCACUCUGUGAAUGCUAGGAACAGUAUACUGUUCUGUAAGUAAAACUCUUGUAGUGUGUACAAAUAUGUUUUAUACAUUUUUAAUAAAUAAUAUGUAUCAAAUAA